UGAGCAGCGAGAGUCCAUUUCCACUAGAGACACACGAGAUUCACACUAGUACUUACUUGUUGACAUCUUGAAUAAGACUAUGGUAGGAGAAGAAAAAAAUCCGAAGUCUCAGCCAGCUAAGCCAGCUAAGGUACUUAUUGACAUCCCAAAUGAGCAUCUAAAUGCACUCAAUGAGAUUAUAAAGCUGGUUGACCCAGAAAUACAACCGUUGGUCGCCGAUGUCCUUCAUAUGGUGCCUAAGGAAAUCCUAAUAGCCAUGAUAAAUUCUCAGCCUGAUUCUAAAAUCAGAAUCACUGAGUGCAUCAACGCAACAGGUGGAACCACCAGAUGUGUGAGAUAUGCGUCUUGGACAAAACGAAAGCUCAUCCCAGAUUUCUUGAAGGGCGUGAAAUGGCAAGCAUGUAUGGGGCAAUUGAGAGAUCAAGAGGCUCAUGAUGUGUGUUGGGCUAUCGUGGUGAGUGAACUUGUACGUGCUCUUAGACAGAUUGAAGGACUUGAUACGGACUCCAAUAUAGAAUAUUCUCCACAAGACUUGAUUGACUUUGUAGACAUUGAGAAACGAAGAGUGGAGAACAAGAAAGGUCACUAUUGCUACACCUCAAAUCUCACAAAAGGUUUUGAAUAUGUUAAGAGGAAAGGAAUUCUGAGAGAAGAAGACAGACCCUUCACUGGAUGCUCUCAAGACGUUCCUCCUGCUCGCACUGCGUCUUCCCAACUCGGGUAUAUCAAAGACUAUGUAAGGCUCAAGACAAUCGAUGAGGCCCUUCUCCACCUUAAAAAACAUCCCAUUGGAGCAGCUAUGCCGAUUUUUCUCCCAGAGUACAAAGAGAUUGGAGAUAAUGGAGAACUAAUAUACCGCGGACCUGUUAGUCAGAAUUCUAAAUUUCACUCUAUGCAUGCGGUUUCUCUAAUGGAGGUGGGUGAAGAAAACGGGGAGAGUUAUGUUCUUGCGAGAACAAGCCAUGGGAAGAAUUUCGGAGAUGGUGGCUACAUAAAGAUCUCACUGGAUGUUGUCUUUGUCUACAUACCUACGCCUGGAGAAAUCGUGAACUCUGACGCUAUGAAGUAUUUUAGCAAGCCAGGAUCACUUCUCUCAAGGUUCAGCUAUCCAUUGUUAUUGACAAAGGAUGAGGAGUUACAAAAGAAGAUCGAUCAAGAUAAGGAAGCUUCAUGCGACAGAAUGGAUCAAGACAAGCAGUUUCAUGCGACGGAAUGGAGUUUUGAAUGGAGUUUUGAGGAUUGGUUUGAUGGAUAACUUUCGUCUUUCGUAUUUGGGACAUGUGCUUAUUUUCCAACUCUUUUUGUCCAACUCUUUUGUCCAACUUCUUUUUACAACUCUUUUGCCAUACUCCUUUCUGGUGGUUUGGUUAUUUAAGAGGAUUCUGAUUCCUAUUUG